AAAACGUUCAUAAUAGAAAAAAAAUCAUCUUCACAAUUUACAAUUUUUUCUAAUUUAUUUAAAUUUAUCUGGCAAUUUAUCUUUAUAAAGUUAUUGCAUUUCCACGAACAAAUUAUACAUAACUACAAUAAAUAUGUUCUGAAAUAAGGAAAAUUAAUUUUAGGCAUCUUUUUUUGUUUUUAGAUCGUUUUUUGGGGUGAGAGAAGUUGAACCAAAGGUAAAAACGGUAGUAAUCAAAGAAAAGUAAGCAACAGAUUUAUUUCCCAUACAAAAGCAAAGAAGAGAAACACAGGAAAGGGAAAGAAAAGGAUUUAUUUCUUUUAACAUUUAUCUUAAUUACACAAUGGCUGAUGAUGAUGAAUGUGCAAUCAAUAAAAUCACAUCAAAUGACACAUUUUAUCAGCAUGAGAACGAAGAUGAUGAGAUUCAAUUUGACGAUGAAAAUACUGGAACAGAAAUUACAAUUACACAAGAAACUAUCGAUAGUGAGAUUCAAAUUGAAACUCCAAUGGAAUCACAUGCGGUCUCGAUGACAACUGUUUCGAAUGUAGAAAGUUCUAAUGUUAAACCAAAACGUUUAAGUGAUGAGUUUUCAUCACUCGAUGAGGAAGUGGACGAUAUUGAGGAGGACGAAGAGAAUGUGAAAUUAAGUGUAGCAAAAUGUUUGGAUGUGGCAUGCUGCAGUAAAUCAAGUUCAAUUCUAGAAAAUGAUAAUGAUGAGACAGAAGAGGAGAGUUCAUCAAAUCCACCAUUUUUGUGCGAUAAAGCUGAAACAUCAUCGUGCAUUAGCUUAUGCUUUAGUAACAGUAGUAACAAUUUAUUUGUGCAAUCAAUUGUUGAUGAUGCAAUUGAACGUUCAGAUUUUGAGAAUGAACAAAAAUUAACGGGUGGAAUAAUUAUCCGUGCAUCUUCACUAGUAAAAGAUAAUGAUAGACUGAAUUUUGAUUUGUUAAAUACUAGAAGAUCUGCAAAUAAAAGUGAUGAGAUUGAUCCAACGCCAAGCGUAUCACAGGAAAUUAAUAAAAGUAAUGAGGAAGCUGAGACGUCAGAAACAAAUGUUCGUAAUGAACUCACAUCGACACCAACAAGUAGCCGCUGUAAUGCAAACGAUAUAAGAAACAAAAGUACAAUUCGUUCAUCAAGUGCAAAACAAAAAUUAUCUGAUAAAUAUUUAAGUAUAUUAAAAAAUGUCACUGUCACUGGUUCAUCAAUGACUGAUUACGAUAAUGGUGAAUCUUCAAAGUCAAUAUGUAUUGAUAAAGUAGUUGAGCAAAGUGAGCAUUCCAGCAAGCGAAGUAGUGGUGGUAGUGCCAGUAUAAUAGUUGACAAAAGUGUAAAAAUUAAUCUUUUUGAUGAUGAGCCAUCUACUUCAUCUGGAAGUACAAGUCGUCGUCCUAAUCAUCACAAUUCUCUCAAGGAUGAUGAGGAAGCAAUAGAAUGUUUAAAAUUAAACGAUGAUUAUAUGGAUAAUACAAAUCAUGAUUUGAGUGAUGAUCUAGAUCCAGAAGAUACGUGGGCUGAUUGCGAAGAUGGUGGAUCUGACUGUGAAGAAAUUUGUACAUGUCAAAAUGAUUCCGAUGAAGAGUAUGGAGCUUCCAGUAGUAGUAGUGAAGAUGAACUUCCUUCUCGUGAUGUCGAUUUAUCAAGUUAUACUCAAUUAGAUCCAAUUUCUGAUCUUCAAGAUACUGGUUGCGAUGGAACGCCUAAAAUUCAGCGAAAACGGAAAUUAACGGAACAGUCAAUGCUACAUGUGGCUUCCGAAAGUCCCAUCGCAUCUGGUGGAAAUCGUAAAAGACUAGCGUUAGAAACAAUCUCAUCACCACAUACAAAUAUAAUGUCCCCGAUAUCAAGUCAAAAUCUUGCCACUCCCAAAUCUAGUUCAAGUAUUUUAGCUGAAAAAAGAACUCCCCGAUUGAUACCGACAAAGGAAAAUCCACCUCCCGAAUUAAUGGAUUGGCUUUUAACGUUCCAACGUUGGUCAAAUGCUGAAAGACUUGUUGCUGUCGAUAAACUUAUUGAGCAAUGUGAACCGACUCAAGUUAGAUUCAUGAUGAAAGUUAUUGAGCCACAGUUUCAACGUGAUUUUAUUUCCUUGUUGCCUAAAGAGCUUGCUCUUCAUGUACUUGCAUAUUUAGACCCGAAAGAUUUACUUCGUGCCGCACAAACGUGUCGCAGCUGGCGCUUCUUAGCUGAUGACAACCUGUUGUGGAAAGAAAAGUGUAAACAUGCGGGUAUAAUAUCAGAUGCAUGUCCUGAUAGACCCAAGCGUGGACGUACUGGAAACAUGCCAAAAAUAGCAUCACCGUGGAAAGCAGCUUACAUGCGUCAUCAUACGAUAGAAAUGAAUUGGCGUACAAAUCCAAUUAGGACUCCAAAAAUUCUUAAUGGACACGAUGAUCAUGUUAUAACAUGUCUUCAAUUUAGUGGUAAUCGUAUUGUCUCCGGAUCAGAUGAUAAUACCUUAAAAGUAUGGUCAGCAGUGACGGGAAAGUGCCUUCGCACAUUAGUAGGUCACACAGGAGGUGUGUGGAGUUCACAGAUGUCAGGAAAUCUUAUAAUAAGUGGCAGCACAGAUCGUACACUUAAAGUUUGGGAUUCAGAAACUGGCACUUGUAAGCAUACACUGUACGGACACACAUCAACAGUUCGAUGCAUGCAUUUACAUGGAAAUAAAGUUGUUAGCGGCAGUCGUGACGCAACACUUCGUGUGUGGGAUAUAAAUGAUGGAACUUGUUUGCACAUUCUUGUUGGACAUUUAGCAGCCGUUAGAUGUGUGCAAUAUGAUGGAAAAUUAGUUGUAUCAGGCGCUUAUGAUUAUCAAGUUAAAGUUUGGAAUCCAGAACGACAAGAAUGCUUGCAUACACUACAAGGUCACACAAAUCGAGUAUACUCACUUCAGUUUGAUGGUGUUCACGUUGUUUCGGGAUCAUUAGAUACGUCCAUUCGUGUGUGGGAUGCGGAAACAGGUGUAUUACGUCAUACACUGAUGGGACAUCAAUCACUUACAUCUGGCAUGGAACUUAAGAACAACAUACUAGUUAGCGGCAAUGCAGAUUCUACAGUUAAAGUGUGGGAUAUUAUAACAGGACAAUGUUUAGCUACAUUAGCUGGUCGAAAUAAGCACCAUUCAGCAGUAACUUGCCUUCAGUUUAAUAAUCGCUUUGUUAUAACAAGCUCUGAUGAUGGAACAGUAAAAUUAUGGGAUGUCAAAACCGGAGAAUUCAUUAGAAAUUUGGUUGCUCUGGAUAGUGGUGGAAGCGGAGGAGUAGUAUGGCGUAUUCGUGCAAAUGAUACGAAAUUGAUAUGUGCUGUUGGAUCUCGAAAUGGAACGGAGGAAACAAAACUAAUGGUCCUCGAUUUUGACGUCGAAGGAGCUUGUACUAAAUGCUCAUAGAUAAUUGGUUGGAAACAAAUACAACAAAUUGUUUUAGUUAUUAAACAUAGAUAAAAAAUGUUACAGAAAUUUCAUACAUACUAAAAACAAAUCCUUUUUAUUUGUCUCCCUGUUAAGUUUUUCGUAUUUUCAUUUAAUUUUUUUCGGUCUUUAUGUCACAUUUCUUCCUUGUUUUAUUAUCCUUUUUAAAAAUUAUUACAAAAAUUCUCCUGUAUAAUUAUUUUUUAAACAUGUUAAUCUACCUAAAUGUAUCAUUUGGUGGUAGUAUGUUUGUUGACGAGUUUUCUUAAACAAUGCAGCAAUAUAUAUUCACAUAUGGAAUAGAUAUGAGCAACGGGAUUAUCUUAAACUGCAUGCUUUGUAGUAAAAGAUAACAACAUAAACCAUAAUAGUCAUACGCACUAAACAAAUUCUGAACCGUUCUGAAUUUAAUUUUCUAUAAACCGCAAGCAAAAGUCUUCUUAAAAAAUAUGGUUAGUAAUAAAAAAAAAAACAGUCAGCGCUUAUCAUUCAAAGAAGAGAUAGGUGGCUACAUGUGAAUUAGCUUUCAGUUAUUUUGAAAAUUCAUCACAAAAAUAAUUAACAAAAAUGAUUAUAAUUUCGUACAUAAGUACAAAUGAAAUGAAACGUAAGGAGUUAUCUAGAAAGUAGUAAUAAGCCAUUCAAAUAUCAGUUAGUAAAAAAGUUAUAAUUGAUUAAAAAAGAGCAACGCGAGAUUAAUUUUAUAAAGUAACAAAUUUGAAACGAGAAAAGAAUCCAAAACACAAAGUAAUUUUUGCAGGAAAAGUUAUGAAUAUGUUUUCAAAUUAAUUGAACUUAAUAUUAUUACGUAAAAUAUGUAUUAUGGAUGAGGAAUUAUCCAUGAAAAUGAGAUAAAACAUCAACAAAAUGAAAAAAAAAACUAUUAAAUGAUGUAGACUGAUAAACUAAUUUAUUUUAAGCGACAAGUAUGCGCGAAGUAAACUUUACAUUUAGAUAACAAUACUUGCUUUACAUAAAGCAAAACAAAGUUGCAUUAUAGAUAUUUUACUUUUAAUCAAAUCCCAAAAUUUCAAGAAAAGUGAUUAACAAAUAAAAAGUAAAAACC